CAAAUAUUAUUUUGUUCAUUUAUAGAUUGUAAUGCAGCUACCCGAGAUUAGAAGAACUAUCUUUCUCUAUAUCAGUUCAUUUUUGCAAGAAUUAUUAAGUCAUACACAGGAUAACGAACUCGAUGCUAAAACACUCGCGACGCUGUUUGGAUCAAUAUUUUUAAGAGAUCCGCCUAGAAGCAGAGACGAUCGUCACCAGAGAAGUCGCGCAACUCAAAUUACUUUCGACAAAAAGAAAGCUGCAUUUGUUUAUCAUUUCUUAGUCAACGAUCAAAGUGAUUUUAUAUUGGGUCGAUAACGAGUAAUUUAAAAAUUUAAAAGAAAUACUAGCAGCAUUACGAAUUUCUUAUUUACAACACUUUAAAACAGAGAAAAAAAU